AUGAUUCCCUCUCGAGUCGGAGGCCAGCAUCUGCGCUUGGCCGCCUCCCGUCCUAAUCCUGGUUACCGGCCCUCCGUGAGCUUUAAGCCGGCUCGCCGCCCUGCCACUGGAGGCAGCCGAAACGUCUCGUCUUCCUCUUCCACUGGUGCUUCUGGUUCUGGCUCUGGUGCCCCCAACGCAAAGAUUCCUGCUCGUCUGCCCGGCAUGGCUGAAAACGACAACGACGUUGAGCGCUACCUGCGUGAAAACCACCAGCGUCUCUUUGAGAACAACAAGCAGUGGGCCGAUCAAAGGCUCAAGGAGGACCCCGAGUUCUUCACCAACCUGGCUGCUGGCCAGUCGCCCGAGUAUCUCUGGAUCGGAUGCAGCGAUUCUCGAAUCCCCGCCGAGGCAAUCACCGGCCUCCAGGCUGGCGAGGCCUUUGUCCACCGCAACAUUGCCAACCUGGUCAUCAGCACCGACCUCAACGUCAUGAGCGUCAUCAACUAUGCCGUGCGCCACCUCAAGGUCAAGCACAUUGUCGUCUGCGGCCACUACAGCUGCGGAGGUGUCAAGGCCGCCAUGACUCCCAAGGACAUGGGCCUGCUCAACCCCUGGCUGCGAAACAUUCGCGACGUCUACAGGCUCCACGAGAAGGAGCUUGAUGCCAUCAAGGAUGAGAAGAAGCGAUACGACCGUCUGGUCGAGCUCAACGUCGUCGAGCAGUGCCGCAACGUCAUCAAGACGGCCGAUGUCCAGCACUCCUUCGGGGAGAACCGAUAUCCCAUUGUUCACGGCUGGGUCUUCAACUUUGAGGAUGGCCGCAUCACCGACUUGAGCGUCGACAUGAAGAAGAUUCUCGGAGACAUUCAGAAGAUUUACAACUUGACCGAUUAA